AUGAAUAGCCUCCAGGCCCUUCACAAUCUACUACUCGGGCGUCCGCUCCUCGUGGACUCUCAGGACAUGGUUCUGACUCACGCACAGAAUCCUUGCAUCAACCAGCUUAGAAAGCACGACAGUCAGCAAUCUGUGACAGCUGCACAGCGAUACGAGCAAACCUAUACUAACACCCCAAGCAAUAUCAUCAACUUCGGUGCUACAGAUGCAAACUCCCCUUCACAGCACGCAGAAUGUGGUACGCACCUGGUCAAACUAGCUGAAAUGCACCUGGCCAAAACUACUGAAGUUACCAUAACUGUGGAAUGGCAAGGCUGGACUAUAAACUUUGAGCAUCAAGAGGAGACCCUCAAGGAAUCUGACCCCAGCCUUGCAACAACCAUUAUUAUGGCCUUGGUCAUCCAAACCUUGAUCCUACAACAAAUCGCGCGAUCACAACUCUUGGCAGAUCAGAAAAAGCAAAUGAAGAAUAUAGCCCUUAUUUCAGCUUCUCAUGUCGAGUUGGAGUAUGAGCAACUCUUACCGAGAGCUAUCGGCAUUCCAUGCAAAGCUAGACCACGUCUCAUCGACGAUCUACGACCUUCAGGGACAGCCACUUCCCGUCCACCAUACUUCAAGGUUUGCAAGGAACUUGGAAAAACCAACAUGAGUUCAGCAUGGUAUAACCCACGACUUCGGUACUUGGGAGAAGUUACAAUAACCAAGUCCGUAGACACAAAGCGCUCGCUCCUUUGCAUGGAAGACUCUAUCGGGAAUAUCACAGGAAGCUCGCGGCGAUACUUUGCUGCCAAGGACCCAAGACGAGGAGGCUUGGCUAUGAGAAGGUACGAGAAGGCUUCGAAAUUGCACGGGAAGGCACCACGAAGGCAGAUUUACAGUAUACCAUGGUUGCCGCAAAAUGAAGCUUCCAGCGCUCGCGCCUCCAUCCUCAACAAGCCAUUCUGGACAAGUUCGUCCGAGGCUCAAGACCUCGGGACCUCUGAAAUGUCUAAGGAGCAUCCUAUCAACCACCACGGAGUCUGCGGCAAGGCCUACGUCAUAGCGCGGCAUCAGCCAUUCGGAUUCGCACACCUUGACCAUACUUAUCGAUUUCCCUUCAGUCUGCCAUGGUCUACGUGGUAUGAAUGGUAUGGUAAGAACCGCUCAUCUACCGGCACGCGCCUACCGUCUCCUUUUCGAGUCUCACCGAUAUCAGAGAUAGAGAAUUCUUCAGGGAAUUGCUAUAGCGUCCAGCAAUUUUCUGCGCAAGCGAGCGACCGUCACAUCAUCCAAGACUUGCAAAAAUUCGGGCAUGAGAUGAAACCAGACGAUGUCUUCCCAAAAGCCAAAAAAAAACUUUGUGAAUGUAAACCUAUGAAACCAUCUCGGAUUUCAAACACCGCUGUCUCUCGACGGACGAAAUCCGCACACACAUCUCGCACAAAUGAGUUCAAGAAACGCAACCCGAUGUCACGACGGGGGGGGGGGGGGGGGCAUCUUGCCAUUACCGUCAUCAAGCUUCCUGGAUUCAGCCUUCAGCAAGCGGGAGAAGGAACAACGAGAUAUCAAGAUCCAACCCUGCGUCUAACGCCUCUUUUUCUUUCCUCCCGCAACAUGGCUGUUUUAUGGAUGGUAGUAGAUUUAAUAGCUCUCCCCAACUUCACGCCGUCUUACCGAACGUUCCGCAAAAACUACAUGGAUUUUCUUAGUCUACUAGCUAGCAUUCGCUCGCCUCUUGCAAUGCAAUUCCUUAUCCUCCUCAGUAUGAGAGUAUUGACCUGCACAGAUCUUACAACUCAUUCCCAUUUCAUCAUACUCAGCUUCAGCACAGACAUACAUACAGAUAAGCAUAUGCGAACGGCACUUCACUUUCAAGGCCUGCAAAACGAGUACCUGAAUAUCAUGCAAAGACCAGACCCACAGGGGCGAGACCGCGCUCGCCGACGGAGUGUCAUAGUAUUCCCCAAUGCCAAACGAAACGGAGCGUCCUACGCCAUGUCCCCAAACCCGCAGACCCAACGCAACAAAAUCUUUGUCAUCGAUUUGUGAUCGCCGCCCCAUUCCUAGUAUGACGUCUCUACCGCCAAGGACCCUUGGGCCGAUUCGCAGAGCCCGGGACAAUGCUACUGGCACGGGAGUGCGGGCGGCUGUUGGGACCGGUGGGUGUUUCGCGGGGGGUGUUGAAGUCGAACAUGCUCUGGCGCUGGCGGAUGGCGAUGGGACGAGCGAAGGAGCUGGAGGACUUCUCGAUGGAGUGGGAGCGGGGGGAUAGGACGCUGCCACGCGAAGUUGGGUCUUCGCGACCAGAUGCUACCAUGCGGCGAGCUUGUCCGGCGGAGAAAGCAGACUCGGCUGGAGGCGAGGAAGCGGUGAAGGUCGAUGCGGUUGGGCUGCGGCGACGUUCACGAUCAGCACGGGCUUUGAGACGGUCCGCGGUAUUGCCUCCCAAACUAGAGGAGCGCUUCUUGCGGGCCAUCGCAGAGCGGAUCUGGUGUGCUGAUUCCUUGUCGGUGAAGGAGGCAUCGACGUCGGAGCCAUAGUGAUCACUGCCACUAGCACUACCACUGGCAGAGCCGUUGUCGAAGUUGUGAGCCGACUGGUUGGUGAUGGAGCGAAGCCCAGGCUGAGGUGCGCGGUUAGCGCCAAUAUCCCUCAGUGGACUAGACUCAUCUUCACUAGAGAAAGAGCCAAGCGUAAGUGAUGGUGGCGGCGGCAUGGGAGAGCCAUUGGUGGUCGAGUUCUUGCUCAAGAAGCCGUUGGCGAAACGACCAGUGCCAGCUUUACGGAGGUCGUGGCUUGGGUUUGGGGCAGCUGGCAGAGGGCUGGACAUUGGCUCAGCAUCAGCGUCAAAGCCGGCAGAGAAGUUCGGCGGGUCAAUCUUGC